AUGGGAAAUUGUUAGGCAACAUGUUGCAAUAAAGAAGGAGAGAUUGUAGUCAAAGAAAAUUAUAAAAGUGAUUUUGAAAUGGAUGAUAAUAGUGAUGUUGUUAAUUCAAUUGUUUCGAUAAAGACAACCAAUCAAUAGAGGGAAAGGGAUAAAUUUAAAAUAGACCUUGAAUAAAGUAAAAGGGAAGGAAACCAAUUGUAUUGCAAUGUUCGCACUAAGUUUCCAGCUGUUUAAAUUGAUAAAGAUACUCUAUAUGAAGGGGAAUGGUUGUUGGGCAAGCGCGAUGGAAUUGGAAGGGUAGUUUGGUCUGAUGGCUCUUGUUAUGAGGGGGAAUGGAAGGAUGAUAAGAGUUCUGGAAUUGGUAAAUUAAUUCAUGCAGAUGGAGAUAUUUAUGAAGGAGAAUUCAGUAAUGAUAAAGCAAAUGGAAAAGGUGUUUAUACACAUGUAAAUGGAGCCAGAUAUGAAGGAGAUUGGGUGGAUGCACAAUAGCACGGUUAAGGUGUUGAAGUUUGGCCUGAUGGCUCAAAGUAUGAAGGAACUUAUGCAAGUGGGAAAAAAAAUGGAUAAGGAAUCUUAUAUUUUGCAGAUGGGUCAAAAUAUGAAGGCAAUUUUUAAGAUAAUGAAAUUGAUGGAUAUGGAACUUAUGAAUGGCCAGAUCAUAGAAUAUAUAUUGGAGAAUGGAAAAAUAAUAAGAUGAAUGGACAUGGGAGAUUGAUGUGGAAUGAUGGCAGAAAAUUUGAAGGGGAAUACGUAAAUGAUCUCAAGCACGGACCUGGUGUGUUUGAAUGGGCUGAUGGUAGGAAAUAUGAAGGGUAGUGGAUUGAUGGUUCUUAAUAAGGAAUUGGCAUAUAUCAUUUAGGAAAUGGCAUAAAGAGAUAUGGUAUUUGGAAGAAUGGAACUAGGUAGAGAUGGUUGACAGAAGAAGAGAUAGAACUAUUUUUAAAGAAUAAACAGUGA